AUGUCUUUCUAUGAAAAUCUUGUCGGGGGUUACUUUUCUGGGCUUGUACUUGAAGCCAUACUCCUAGGAGUAGUCACCGUUCAGACUUUCCUCUAUUACCAAAGGUUCUCUAGAGACCACAUUGCUCUGAAGUUUUCUGUGGGGUUCUUAUGGCUUUCACAAGCAUUUGAAGGCCGUUUCGACGAUUCCGACUUACAGAGCCAUUCUCUACAACGUUCCGAUCUCAGCUUCAAAAUGGUACGAUACUGUGUUCCAGAUUUGUGCGGUGAGAUCAUGUUUCCGCUCAACAAGGGCCAAGGCUGGCCGACGUACCCACCAUCAUUCAUCCUAGGUUAUUUCUUCUACCUCUGUCCAAUUUUAUUUUGUCUUUCGACUCUAUCGAUUCAGUGGAUCGAUCUGGUUACCAACACUACUCGUCCUAGUGACUUUGGUGCAAGUGGGGACUGGACUUGCGAUCUGUAUCGAAUUAAAUAUUACCCACGGUAUCCAAAGCAUGAUCCAUCCCGCACGCCCGAUUAUAAUAAGUUGGCUGACACUAGAGGCAGGUUCUCUGCGUUAACUCAAGAGCUUAACUCACAUGAACACAACAUCAAACCGCAGGCAGCGGCUGACCUCAUAAUUGCCGUCUCCAUGUCGUAUUACCUCCAGAGGUGCCGCACAGGAUUUCGACAGACAGAUACAGUGUUACGGAAGUUAACAUUAUAUGCUAUCAACACUGGUCUUGUAACCAGCGUCCUGGCGUUGGCCGUCAUGUUUGCUUUUGCGUUUUACGGCUUCCACUUUAUCGCAAUGAUUCUCAUUCUGCCGCUUGGAGGGGUCUACAAUGCGUCCUUUUUGGCAAAUCUGCACUCGCGCUCGAGACUCAGGAAAGAACUUUACUCUGGGGGGGAACGUGGGAUUUCGAUACACAUAUCCCGCAUUCCUCAUAGGGUACAAAACAAGAUAAAUGCUGUUGCUCAGCGUAUAGAAGGGCAUCACUCGGACGAACGCACGGAUCCAACUUCGUCGACGGGUGCAACUCUCUCGCGUCCACCGCCGGCGGGCAACCAGGCAACCAGAUCUUAUCCUCUGAGCACGUUGUGA